UCGGCGUCCAACCGAUCAAGUCGCUUUAUAAGAAGGGGAUCGAUCCGAAGCAUCCCCAGUGGGAAUUUCUCGUGUGUGCAUCUGGCCUAGGAUUUUGCAAUUGUCAUCUACCAAUUCCCCCGCCCCCCACAACGUUUAUAAAUACCACGCUCACACAUCGCGGUGCAAUUAACACAACCCGGAAACAGUUUACACCGAAUUGCUUUAAUUCGACUAGAAGCACUUUUCUUGUACGUGGGAUAUCAUUAGCAGCCAACAGGUAUGGCUGAAGCCCAUGCCGCCGUGGCAUUCUCGUUUGCCAUCACCCACGAGGGCUUCGACAUCAACUAUGACCACGAGGUGCUCAAUUUGGUGUGGAACUCAGGAGUGCGUUCCUGGAAAAAGCGCUUGGGUCGCGCAAGGAACGGCGUACGCAAUGGCGUCUAUCCGGCUCACAUCCAGAGCCUCUGGCUGAUCUCAGCAAUAGCGCUGGGUCUACACUUUGCGGGCUACCAGGCUCCAUUCAAUCUGACCAAUAAGAUACUGGUGCACCUGCCUUCCAAUACGAUUAACUGGCAGGUGACCGCCUGCUUUUUGGCCGCUCUGGUGGUCUGGCUAUCGAUCUGUUUCACCAUGAGAUACACGCUCAAGCUGCUGCUCAUGUACAAGGGCUGGAUGUACGAGUCCAGAGCUCCCGGCAGUCGCGUCUCACUGCCCACCAUGUUGUGGGUGGCCGUGGUGCGCGUUCUAUCUAGUUGGAACAAGCCGGGUCUGUACAGCUUCCAGGGUUCUCUGCCCAGGUUGCCACUGCCCUCCGUUAAAGACACCAUGACCAGGUACCUGCGAAGUGUUCGACCGCUGCUUGAUGAUGAGAACUACACGCGCAUGGAGCGCCUGGCCAAAGAAUUCGAACAGACCAUCGGCAAGAAGCUGCAGUGGUACCUCAUCCUCAAGAGCUGGUGGUCCACCAACUACGUGUCGGAUUGGUGGGAGGAGUACGUCUACCUUCGUGGUCGCAGUCCCCUCUGCGUGAACAGCAACUUCUACGGCACGGAUGCGAUCUUCAUGAACCUCACCGACAAACAGGCGGCGCGUGCGGCCAAUGUGAUUUCCCUGCUUCUCAACUUCCGUCGACUUAUCGAGCACCAGGAACUGCAGCCUAUCAUGGUUCAGGGCAUGAUUCCUCUGUGCUCCUGGCAGUACGAACGCACCUUCAACACGGCACGCGUGCCAGGCCUGGAAACCGAUCGUAUCAUCCACUACAGGGACUCCAACCACAUUGUGGUUCUACACAAGGGCUGCUACUACAAGAUGCUAAUCUACCACAAGGGUCGCAUCCUGCGCCCUUGCGAAUUGCAAGUGCAAAUUGAGGAAAUCCUGAAGGGCAAAGCCAGUCCCGUGGAAGGUGAGGAGCACUUGGCUGCCCUGACCGCCUGGAAUCGCUCCAAGUGGGCGGAGGCUCGCAACACAUUCUUCUCGUGGGGAGUCAAUCAAACCUCUCUGCGAACCAUCGAGUCGGCCGCUUUUGUGCUCUCCCUGGAUGAUGAGCCCUUCGAGUUCGAUUUGGCGCGUCCGGAACUGCUGGACAACUUUGGCAAGAAGCUGCUGCACGGCAAUGGCUACAACCGCUGGUUCGACAAGUGUUUCACUGUCUGUGUGGGCACCAAUGGUCGCGUUGGCUUCAAUGCCGAACACACCUGGUCCGACGCUGCCAUCGCGUCACACAUGUGGGAGAACCUGAUCGUCGAUGAUCUUGUAUCGGACGGAUAUGAUGAAACGGGUAAUACAAAGGGCAUCCCGGAGUUCCAGCCACCCACGCCCACCAGGCUCACUUGGGAUCUUAAGCCAUGCCUGCCGCAGAUCGAAGAGGCCACCAUCGAUGUGACGAAGCUUAUCAACGAGGUGAAUCUGCGCAUCCUGGUGCACCAGGAUUACGGCAAGGGCUUUAUGAAGAAGUGCCGCAUCUCACCGGAUGCCUAUAUACAAAUGGCCCUGCAGUUGGCCUACUACCGGGAUGCCGGUCGCUUCUCGCUGACAUAUGAGGCCUCCAUGACCCGUCUGUUCCGCGAAGGAAGAACUGAGACAGUGCGUCCUUGCACCAUUGAGUCAUCCGCCUGGGUCAAGGCCAUGCAGAACCCAAAUACAACCAACGAUGAGCGUGUGAAGAUGCUACAGGCUGCCUGCGAUCGUCACCAGUUGGGCUACCAGGAUGCCAUGUGCGGUCGUGGCAUCGACAGGCAUCUGUUCUGUCUGUAUGUGGUCUCCAAGUACCUGGAGGUGGAUUCACCCUUCCUCAAUGAAGUGCUCAGCGAACCCUGGCGCCUGUCCACUAGUCAGACUCCGCACGGCCAGACGCCGAAGAUGGACCUGAAGAAGCAUCCGAACUGCAUCAGCGCUGGAGGCGGCUUUGGGCCCGUGGCCGAUGAUGGUUACGGCGUGUCGUACAUUAUCGCCGGAGAGAACCUGAUAUUCUUCCAUAUCUCAGCGAAGACUACGUGCCAGCAAACAGAUGUGCAUCGCUUCGCUCAGAACAUAUCGCAGGCUCUGACCGACAUUCGCAGCAUGUUCGAGCAGCACAUGAAGGACCAUCCGAAGCCCGCCAAAUCACUCACAAACGGCAAAUCCACAUAAUCCCGCUUAGUCCAUGUAGUCGAGAUUCUUGUUAGCAUUUGUUUUUACCCCUAUAGUUGGUCGUUUUAAACACAUCUGAUACAUCCGUCUAGUUUAAGUUCCAAAUGAAGUGCAAAAGUCGUCGUGAGAGUUAUACAUAAACAAUGCAAUUUUUUAUAAACAAUUGUGACUUGGCUGGUUUUAAGAUUUAGUCUUUAGAUACUUUUGCACAAUAUUUGAUGUUUCUCAAUCAAUUAGUCUGUAAUCGAAGAAAUCGCGUAACCUUAAGUGCUAUAAAUAUAUUUCAUUUUAAGCGUA